AUGCCAAGAGCGCUACGGAAGGCGCAGAAGCAGAAGCAAGAGCUGGAACUGCAGCAAGCUCCUGUCCCUGUGUCUGAUGAAGGCAGCGACAAGGAAGAGGAAGACACGCGGUCGGCGCCUAAUCCAUUCGACUUGCUGAAUGCUGCGGAUGAUCAAGACGAGGAUGACGAUGAAGAGGAAGAGGAAGAGCAAGCACAGCUGACUACACAAGACGAGGAGCUCGAUGCAGAUGAACAAGAAGAUGUGGAUGCUGCCAUAGAGGCAUCCCUGUCUCCCAGUAAGCCAAAGCGCAAGAAGAAGAAGAACAAGCAAAAGGCAAAGCAACCUGCGUCAGUCACAGAAGACGACUUUAAGGCAGCACUCCAAGCACAUCAAUCAGCUGUUGCUGGCACCACUGCCGACCCUACCCUGCCUGCACCCUUCCAUCUCGCAAACUUAUUGAGUAUCGACGUCAAAAUGCUCGACCCUGCAGCAGAGAUGCGGCAAUUCUUUGGCAGCAAAGUGGUUCACUCUGAGCAGCAAGAGCGACAAGCAACCCUCCGUCGCCAGCUCCCACGCGGUCUCAACAUGCCUAUGCAACGAGGCAGGAAAAGUGUCCUCGUACCCAUCGAUGACAACUGGCCCGCUCAAAUACGCGGCGGCCUUGAAAUGCUGUCCCUUGGUGAAGAUGACGGCAUCCGGCUCUUUCGCUUUCAACAUCCAAAAGCCUAUGCUGAGCAACAACUCAGAUUUCUUGAAGCAGUAGGAUCAGGUGAUCCUCAGGUUCUCCUCAACCUACUUGGCUCUGCGCCAUUCCACGUUGAUACACUCCUGCAAGCCUCUGAGAUCUUUCGACACCAGGGCAAUCACGAAGAAUCCGGGGAGAUGCUGGCGCGUGCAUUGUAUGCAUUUGAUCGUGCCCUGCAUCCACUCUUCAAAAUCGCAACAGGUAUGGUGAGACUGCCCUUUGAGAUUCCAGAGAAUCGCUCCUUCUACCUCUGCAUCUACCGGUACAUCCAGUCCUUGGGAAGACGUGGACUUUGGCAAACGGCAUUUGAGUAUAACAAGCUCUUGUAUGCACUUGCACCGGAGGAAGACCCUUACGCGGCGUUGCUAAGUCUUGACUACUACGCACUCAAAGCGAAACGCUUCGAUUAUGUUACAAAACUCGCCGAAGCGCCAUGGGAGGCGAUUCUGGAUGACAAUACGAGUCAUCCUGGCAUGCUCUAUUCUCGUGCUCUAAGCAAAUGGCUCACUCGCCCUAAAAAGCCCGUGGAUGCAGCAUGGGAGGCGGAAGCGAUGGCCUUGAUGCAACAAGCAGCACAAGCCUAUCCUGCCAUUCCAGCUGCUCUGUUUGCCGCUGCAAGUGCACAAGGACCUGUGCAAUGGCAACAAGUCUCUUGUACUCACAUGCAAGCCAUGCAUCGUGACUUGUUUGUCUUUCGCCAUAAAGACAUUUAUGGCAUUCCGGAAAAUCUGGCUUUUCUACGAACGGCCCUGCUUGAGCAGGAUCCUCCGCUCGAGUCGACGCACAACGAUGAGAGCGUCUGCUGGGUUACCUACCACAAAGCAGAAGGUCCAUCUUGUCAUUCGACCCACUACGCCCAGCAGACUCGGCUCCGUGUUAUUAUGACGCAUACAUCAAGUUACUCGAUGGUUCUACCAAUGAAGAAGAGUGUGCCCGUGCUGGAGAAGAGUGGAUCGGUGUCAAUCUAG